AUGGCUCGUACCAAGCAAACAGCUCGCAAAUCUACUGGAGGAAAGGCUCCUCGUAAACAAUUGGCUGCCAAGUCAUCAGCGCGUAAAACUGCUGCGGCUGCUGGUGGUGUGAAGAAGCCUCAUCGAUUCCGUCCUGGGACUGUUGCUCUUCGUGAGAUCCGGAGGUAUCAAAAGUCUACGGAGUUGCUUAUUCGGAAGUUGCCUUUCCAACGAUUGGUUCGUGAGAUUGCUCAGGAUUUCAAGACUGAUCUGCGAUUCCAAUCGUCUGCUGUGAUGGCGCUUCAAGAAGCAGCUGAAGCAUACCUUGUGUCUCUGUUUGAGGACACUAAUCUUGCUGCGAUUCAUGCGAAGCGUGUUACUAUUCAGCCUAAAGAUUUGGCUUUGGCUCGUAGGUUGAGGGGAGAGCGCUCAUAG